UCGUCGCAUCUCGAACUGUUUUUGGACCGCGGCGUUGCCAUGCCCGGCGCCGAUCCGGACCGUGAAACUUCUUGUCGAAACCUGGACCUCAGCAUCCGCUGUAUCUUGAUCACAGCGACAUCUGCUGAAAUAAAAUGAGUAAAUUUGGUAACACACGGUACCACUUCUGGUUCACGCUUCGUUCGGUUAGCAUCCACUAGCACCAGACGAUCGACAAUGGCAGACCUCAGCGGCAAAGACGUCGAAAAGGCAGAAUUCGCUUUCUCCAUUUACGAUACUGAUGGCACCAACGUCAUCGAUGCAGUUGACCUUGGUAAUGUUCUCCGCGCGUUGAACUUGAACCCCACAAAUGCAACUAUUGAGAAGUUGGGCGGCACAAAGAAGAAGGGCGAAAAGAAACUAAAACUUGACGAAUUCCUGCCAAUCUUCAGCCAGUGCAAAAAAGACAAAGAACAAGGGUGUUACGAGGACUUCUUGGAGUGUUUGAAGCUGUACGACAAACAGGAAAACGGAACUAUGCUCGGCGCGGAAUUGUCUCACACGCUUAUGUCGCUUGGUGAGCGUCUCACUGAUGCGGAAUGCGACGAAGUAAUCAGGGACUGCAUGGACCCCGAAGACGAAGACGGUUUCAUCCCCUAUGCCCCCUUCUUGAAGAAGAUGAUGGUGCUGUUGUAAGCGGUCAAGGUGUUGUCGAGACAAUGAUCAUCCAUCCGUUCCUUCGUAGACUGUGUGAAAAAGCGGCAGCAGGUGCCGACGAUUAAUGAACAGUAAGAUGAUCGCCGUCAACAACUAUCCGCUCCACAUCAACGAAGGACACACUUGCCAUAUUCGCUCGUCACAUUCGCCACACUUUUCGUCCCUCCGCUCGAUCACGUCGCGCACCCACGCGAGGACCCACCUGACAAUUUGCACGUAAUCCGCAAUACGCGAUCCUGAUAUCAGCACCGUCGAGACGCCAACAGCAUUUUAUCGAAAGAGAAGCAAAAAAUCUACGAAUAUCGAGUACAAAAAAAUUCAACAUUUCAUCUCGAACGCAUGCAAUAUCGUUAAUUGAUUCGGUUUCAUACACUGUUGCGAUACACGUUGAAUAUACAGGAAUGUAAAAUAUCUUCUAAUAAUGUAGCAACAUUGUACAAAGUCGAAUGAAACGGUCGGUGUUAAUUUACUUCUUACUGUUACUGUAAUAAAUCGUUCCUCUCGAAUUAUCGGAGAGGAUUAAAAGUCGUC